AAUUUGUAACAAACAUCACAGCUCUAUAUAAUGCGGAUGCUCGUGAUGGCAAGGAUGCUUAUACAUUCCUUAGGUCGACAGAAUGACUUCACACUUGCGAAGGGGAGGCUCGAAAUUUCUGCAACUCAUUAGGAAAAAUCCUGUUCGCUUGGAGCCUUGUCAUGAGCGGUCCUCUGCUUGUGCUCUAGAGUCCCGCGAAGCGGCCCCUAUUCCGGGUCCCCCUAGCUGGCCAGUAGUAGGCAGUUUGCUGGAGCUGCUUUGUAAAGGUGGUUUGCGAAGGCAACACGAAUUACUGAUCGAUUAUCAUAAGAAGUUUGGUAAGAUCUUUCGAAUCAAGCUGGGUUCCUUCGAAUCGGUGCACAUCAACGCGCCCUGCUUUUUGGAAGCGCUCUUCAGGAAGGAGAGCAACUACCCGCAGAGGCUGGAAAUCAAACCCUGGAAAGCGUACCGAGACUUCCGCAACGAAGCCUACGGGCUGCUCAUUCUGGAAGGAAAAGAUUGGCAAAGAGUCAGAAGUGCUUUUCAGCAAAAAUUAAUGAAGCCCAGUGAAGUGGAAAAACUGGAUGGGAAAAUCAACCAGGUUAUGGCUGAUUUUGUUCAAAGACUGGAAGCUAAAAGUGACAAAGAAGGAAAAAUAGAAGGACUAUAUGGAGAAUUAAAUAAGUGGUCUUUUGAAACGAUCAGCCUGGUGCUUUAUGACAAGAGAUUCGGGCUUCUGCAAGAAAAUGUAAAUGAAGAGGCAUUGAAUUUCAUAAAGUCUGUAAAAACGAUGAUGAGCACUUUUGGAAAAAUGAUGGUGACACCUGUGGAAAUUCAUAGAAGCUUAAACACAAAAACAUGGCAGGAUCACACAAAUGCAUGGGAUCAUAUUUUUCAGACAGCAAAACUUUAUAUUGACAAGAGGCUGAGCACACAUUCUGAGAAGCCAGAAGAAGACUUCCUUUGUGACAUUUUCAAGCACAGUGAUUUAUCUAGGAAAGAGCUAUAUGCCACAACCACAGAGCUUCAGAUUGGCGGAGUUGAAACGACUGCAAACAGCUUUCUUUGGGUUAUUCUGAAUAUGGCCCGUAACCCCAAUGUGCAAGAGAAACUUUACAAGGAAAUCCAAAAUGUGUUGCCAGUAAAACAGGUUCCAAGUGCAGAUGAUAUCAGGAGGAUGCCAUAUCUUAAGGCCUGUCUCAAAGAAUCAAUGAGGUUAACACCAUCAGUUCCAUUUACAAGCAGAACCCUUGACAAAGACACAGUGCUUGGAGAUUAUAUGCUUCCUAAAGGGACGGUUUUAAUGAUAAAUAGCCAUGCUUUGGGAUGCAGUGAAGAAAGCUUUAAUGACAGCAUGCAGUUCAAGCCAGAGCGCUGGUUGCAGCAGAGGCAUUGUAUUAAUCCUUUUGCACACGUGCCUUUUGGGAUUGGAAAGAGAAUGUGCAUCGGCAGGCGACUGGCUGAACUUCAGCUACAGCUGGCCCUCUGCUGGAUUGUGAAGGAUUUUAAAAUCGAGUCUACUGACAAUGAACCGGUGGACACAGUCCACUCAGGAAUCCUCAUUCCAAACAGAGAACUACCAGUUGCUUUUAAAAGGAGACACUGUGAUGAAAAUUCAAGAGCAGCACUAUCUUCUCAACCCAGUGUGUUUUGAAACUGCAGAUUUCAGCAAAUAGGUAUACAAUGUGGACCACAAACCAGCAGCUCUGAGCUUCACAUCUGGACACAGAUGAGUGUGUGAAUCUGCAAACUCAUUGUGGUGGAAUGUGAAAAGAAGAGUUUAUUACUGGAGGCACAUGUAAGGGAAGAGAAAUGUCAUUCUUUUAAGUUGAUGUAGCAACC